CUGCAGCAACUGCAAAAUAUGCAAAUAUCUUGGUGGCCCAGUUCCCCGGUGCUGAAACUCUGUAACAUUCGCGCGGCGUUGCGUGCGCAAACGCGCGCGCCAUCGAGAUUUCUGAUGCAACAUCGGCGUUGUGCGAGUUCAUCGUUUCAGAUCGCCGUGUUGAUUUACAGAUUCAAGUUUGCGACCACGCCCGCUCGCGCACGCAGCGCGACAGCCUGGCCAACUACGAAACCGGCAACAACACGCGUUCGUACGUACAGGGUGGAUGACGUACACGCCGGUGGACUAUAUAGGUUGGAAAAUAACAGUAUAAAAGACAAAUUCAUCCUCUUUGCCAUCGUCGCUGUUGUGGCGGCCUUCCCUGAACCCGAACGAGAACGCCGUGGACUCCUUGCCGCCCCAGCUCUCGCGCUUGCUCGUCCAGCUCUCGCCCCCGCUAUCGCCCUCGCCGCCCCCGCCCCCGCACCCAUCGCUAUCGCCGCCCCAGCG